GGUGCAUUACGAACUUUCAAACAGCUAUGCAAAUUGCCUGAAUGUCAGUGGAUGGGUUGAUGUGUAAUCAAACUGUAUCGUAAAUGGGUCAUUUUAUGGUCUUUCCUAUGAGAAUUUUGAACGGAAGAGGUACGUCUGCUAAUUUGUCCGGCUCCUUGGGCGUCAUCCAAAAUUGACCUUAUGAUCUCGUAGAAAAGGACGGGAACUUAUUUCCCCUGGACUGACAGUUAUCUAACACAACGCUAUAUGACCGCAAGGUAAGGUGAGGCAGUCCCUGGAUCGCACAAUUUAAACUGGAUUUUAUUAGUACAAUGUCGGCGAAAUUCACAGAUUAACCCAGUAAUUUAGCAAGAUAGCAAAGAGGGGACAGCUGAUUUAGCUAGCAAAUGUUAGCUAACUUGAUAGUGGCUAGAGGAAUGACAGUUGUUAUUUUGGUAGCUACACGUUGUUGACAAACCUCUCUCAGGAUGCCUGGAUCAGUCCCCGCAAACGGUGAGGCCACCUGGCCCAAAGACGUGGGCAUCAUCGCCCUGGAGAUCUACAUCCCCUCCCAGUAUGUGGAACAGUCAGAGCUGGAGCAGUUUGAUGGCGUCUCCGCCGGCAAGUACACCGUGGGCCUCGGCCAGGCACGGAUGGGUUUCUGCUCAGACCGCGAGGACAUCAACUCCCUCUGCAUGACGGUGGUCCAGAGGCUGAUGGAGAGGAACUGCCUGUCCUACGACUGCGUAGGCCGCCUCGAAGUUGGCACAGAGACCAUCAUCGACAAGUCCAAGUCUGUGAAGUCGGUCCUCAUGCAGCUGUUCGAGGAGUCCGGAAACACCGACGUGGAAGGCAUCGACACCACCAAUGCCUGCUACGGGGGUACGGCGGCCCUGUUCAACGCUGUCAACUGGGUAGAAUCCAGUUCCUGGGAUGGCCGGUACGCCCUGGUGGUGGCAGGAGACAUUGCCGUUUAUGCGACAGGCAGCGCCCGACCCACAGGGGGCGCCGGAGCAGUGGCCAUGCUCGUGGGGCCCAAUGCUCCACUGUCAUUGGACAGAGGUCUGCGGGGGACCCAUAUGCAGCACGCCUACGACUUCUACAAGCCAGACAUGGUGUCCGAGUACCCAGUGGUGGACGGCAAGCUCUCCAUUCAGUGUUACCUCAGCGCCCUGGACCGGUGCUACUCCGUGUACCGCAACAAGAUCCACGCCCAGUGGCAGAGAGAGGGAGUUGACCAGCGCUUCAGUCUGGAAGACUUCGACUCCAUGGUCUUCCACUCGCCCUACUGCAGGCUGGUGCAGAAGUCGCUGGCACGUCUGCUCCUCGACGACUUCCUGUCCCACCCUAAUCCCAACACUGAAAGUGGCUUAUACAGUGGCCUGGAGGCUUUUAGGGAUGUGAAAGCAGAGGACACCUACUUUGAUCGGGACGUGGAGAAAGCCUUCCUCAAAGCCAGCGGGGAUAUGUUUGAACAGAAGACCAAGGACUCUUUGCUAGUGUCCAACCAAAACGGCAACAUGUACACCCCAUCUGUGUACGGCUGCCUGGCCUCAGUCAUUGCCCAGAAGACGCCUCAGCAGCUGGCUGGCCAGAGGAUCGGCGUCUUCUCGUACGGCUCAGGGUUCGCCGCCACACUGUACUCCAUUCGAGUCACACAGGACGCCACACCUGGGUCCGCUCUGGAUAAGAUCGUGGCCAGCCUGAGUGAUCUGAAGGCCAGACUGGACUCCAGGACCAAAGUGACCCCUGCGGCGUUCGCCGACUACAUGAAGCUGAGGGAGGAGACUCACCACUUAGCGAGCUACACUCCCCAGGGCUCGCUGGACGACCUGUUCCCCGGCACCUGGUACCUGACGCACGUGGACGAGAAGCACCGCAGGCAGUACGCCAGGCGCUCCGAGAGUGACGACACACCCCUGGAGGCCGGCCUGGUCAACUCCACAACAACAACAACAACAACAACAACAGCAGAGCAUAUCCCCAGCCCAGCGAAAAAGGUUCCCCGUAUGCCCGCCACCACUGCUGGCCCUGGCUUGGUGACCAUUAGCAACGGGGAUCACUGAAUUGACCUCUAAGAGGUAUCAAAAUGGCAAUGGUCAUGGAAGGAGGGGAAUCUGCAACUUUCUUCUGACCAAAUAUGGGCCAUAUCAUUAAGUACUGUGUAACACGUGGCUUUUUCUCAACCCAUCUUCAUCACACAAAGUUCAUUUGUCCAUCACUAUGCUUUUUGUGUUUUUAUGUUUUUAUUUGUUGUCUGUUUAUGUUUGUUUUUAUUUGUUUUCUGUUUAUGUUUGUCUAUCCUUUUUUUUUUGUUUUAUAUAUAACACUCAUAGGACCGAUCUGAGUAUUUUAUGGACAUGGAGGACCCCCCCAUCUCCCCUGAUACGUGUACGACUGUAUCUACCCUGACACUCACUUCAUAGCAUUGAGCUCAUGAACCCAGAGCUGCUUAGUUCCCCCUGCAUCCGUGCUCACAUUACGCUCACUGUCUUAAGUCGGCACGGCCUGAUGGCAGCCGGGCGUUCGUUAGGGUCCGCACAGGAAGUCGAGACCGAGGGGUUUUACGGGGGGGGCGGGAGGGGACAAAAAGGGAUGGCGGCCUCGUCCACUCAUAUGUAUGAAAUGCCGUCGCUGCUGCUGCUGCUUCUUCUGCAUGCUGGAACCACAUAGUGGCCGGAACCGGACCUGCACAGUUGGGGGCUUUCCAGAUACCUCAUUUUGCAACCGAAUGGGUAGUUAGAGUGGCUGUGCAUGUUGUUGUCUGCUGUAACCACGGAGACCUGUGCAGACUGUGUAGUCAUGGAUACUUACAGAAGUCAUAUGCCAUAUGUCUGUGUACGGUCCAGCUAUGAAAUGGUGCAGUUAGUAUGUUUAAACAGUUGACACAUGAUUUGAAUGAGUUAAUAUUUAAUGCAUUCGAAUAUUCCUCUGAAAAGAGGAUGUGGAAUUUUUUUUUCUGAAUUUGGAACAAAAUAAUUUAUGUAACCAUAUCAACUAAAAGAUAAUUCCAGCAAUUUUGCUGGCCUUGAACCAAUAGAAGAAAGUUGAAAUUUUAUAAUGAAAAAUAAUGAAAGAAUGGGGGAAAAAAAGUGUCUGUGACAGUGAGGAACAGUAUAUUAUGAAAUGCAUUAGUAGUGUUGGAUUGCGUAGGGAGUAAAUCAACCUGCCUCCUACUCACAGUGUGUAGUAGUCAUGGUGUAUACAUGCGUUAGCGCACUUACAAGCUCAAAACCUUUUUAGUUUUCUGUGUCUUUCUGUGUCUAGUGUUCAACUUUCCUUUGGUUGUGCUAAACUGAGAGGAAGCAGAACACACACACACACACACACACACACACACUGUUCAUGGUCGCACCCGCAGUUAUGUUUGAGAGGAGCUGCUUAACACUUACAGUGCCUCUCAGAAUGUUACCGCAGUUUUUUUCACACCCACACACCUUCACAGUGAGUUGCCUUUUGCUGUCAGUCUGGAGGUAGCAGUAGAAGUAACCAAGCAGUUUGUGUAAGAAAGUAGUCAAUCUAAGACUUAGGGCCUUAUUGUACAAGGGCUAACGGAAGGAGAAACUGUCUGUAUAUGUGUAACGGCAAAGGAAGCCAAGCUAGCUGUAUGUUAGUGUGGGGUCUGUUAGUGUUAAGGGUUCCAUACCACUUAAUGACCCUUCAAGGACAAUGCUGUGGGCCUGUCAUUCCUUUUAAUUGACAGUCAUUGCAAUUCCUCAAUGAUUAUCGGAUGCAUAAAUGUACAUUUUGGGUUUGAACUAGAGGACACUUGUGAACAUUGAUGCAAAAUGUUCAAGUUUCAAGACGCCUUAUUGAAAAGUAUGUACACAACUUAAAAGACUUAUAUUCUGGAUAAUGUUAAAAAGAUUUAUUUUAUUUUUUUGGUUGCCAGGUAGAUUUGCCUCAGAGGCUUUGACUCGAAAUGGCAAAUGUUUACAAGAUGUUUCUCUCAGAUCAGUUAAAUUUUGAGUAAUGUACAGGACUAACUGUAAAAUUAUUUAUAUUUUGUAGAUAAAAAGGAAAUUAAUUGUCUGAUCAAGUAUAACUUUUGUAGAAAAUAUUAAACAUGUACACCAUUGUAUGUAGGAAUGUUUGACCGGAUGAAAUGGAAAAAUAAACAUCUGUCCAUUAA